CAUGCAAUCAGCUGAUCACGAUGAUCCUGCCUGCAAGAAACAGAAGUUGAAGUUGAAUUGCGACCUUCGCCUACAGACUAAGUUAAAUGGCCAAUUUGCGAUUACCUGAGAGAAUUCUUGUAUAUCUUCGUCAUUUAACAAGAGGGGUUGUGGAAAGAGCUCUUUUUGAGGAAUGUAUCCUAGAUUCUUUGGGUCAUAGUGGAUUGGAGGCCUCAGUCAGCUGUACUUUAGAAGACAACCGUCUUAUAAUCUCAAAUCCAAUUGAAGGAGGGGAAACUGUUGUACUCAAACACCCAUCAUUCUGCCCUUGCCAUAACUUGACGUCCAGUGAUGCUACUCACAUACCAAAGGAGGUGCUUGACCGUGGUGUAGACUGUGGAGUGGUCACUCUUCUCUGGUCAUCUGACCGGUACCUGCUCUUGACCAGAAGAGCCUCUCACCUUCGCAUCUUUCCAGGGAUUUGGGUUCCUCCAGGUGGUCAUGUUGAGCAAGGAGAAACGCUAGUUGAAGCUGGAUUGAGAGAGUUAUGUGAAGAAACAGGACUUGAAGUAGACCCAAAGGAAUGCAAUCCAAAGAUGGUCGCAUUAUGGGAGUCUGUCUACCCACCAUUGCUAUCUAGGGGUUUACCCAAGAAACACCACAUUGUAGUCUAUCAAUCAGUCACUUCAUCCAAAACCCACCAGCAGCUAGACACAGAACUUAUGCUGAGUGCUGAUGAAGUUGGUGCUGCAGCCUGGUUAGAGGAGUCUAUAGUGAGAGCUUUGACACAGCUCUCUGAGGAAGAGAAUGGAGAGAAAAGGAAUGCCAUCCUGAGUGGGAUUCCUGAAAAAUUAAGAGGACAUAUCGUGGAUCCCACCACUGGGAAGUCAACCUGUGACCAAAUACCUACCAGAGUCUUUUACCAAAGAGCGCCACCUAGUGGUGAUGAUAUAGAGAGGCUCAGUACAGGAACCCUGUUUGCUAUGCAGCACUGGCUGAAGAAAUACGCAGUACCAUCAUGACAGGAUUGAAGGUGCCAAACGUGAAGAUCUUACCCACAAUGCAUCGCAGAUAGCUCUCCUUGUACCAGAUGGAACACUGAUUUCCCAUGAUGCAGUGCAGUGAGAAUAAUAAAUGAAAGGAUAUAGAAGGGUGUGCCAGUGGGAGUUGCUGUAGGUGAUCUUCACUGAUCGCCCACACAGUAUGGGGUGUGGAAUACCCAUUCCCUGCUUGCGUAUAUCUGGCUUUUAGCCAACUUUCUGCCAACCGAUGGGAUAUAUCCUGUUCAGUGGUUUCUGGGAACAUGAAUUCAAAACCAUAUUUGGUUUACGUAUAUGCAGUAUUAUUAAAACAGAUGAACAAAUGGCAACUAUGCAUGGAAGUUGAUAUUCACAUGGUAAUGAUUAAUUUACCUUGGGUUAUGCUAGACCUCACUUCUACAGUGUCUGUUUCCAUUUUAUUCACCAAGUAAAACUUAUUUAUAAAUUUCAAAUUACUAAUGUCUGCAGUAUAAAUUACCUCUCUAAAUUUAUUUGAAACAAAAUUGGAUCAUAUAAUUAUGAAAUAUAUCACAAGGUAAUUUGUUAUGUCACCAGGGAUAUGGAUAGUACCAUAACCAAGUUUCUUUGGGGAAAGAGGGGUAGGCAUUGUAGGUGGAGAUAGAUUGUAGGGAAUUAUUCUCACUUGAAAUGCCACUUGGUUCAUUAGAAUGUUCUCAUUGUCCAAAGAUUUUUU